UCUUGGAAUCCUCCUCAGGCUGGGUCUCUUCCGGUGUGCACGCUCGACCGGCCCCGCCAGCAUCCGUUUUCCCUGCAUCUUGCUGGUGCGGAGCCAUCCACCGGGAGGACGCCGACGCCGAGGAGACCAGGCCACAAUGGAACCAUUGACCUUCAAGGAUGUGGCCAUUGACUUUUCAGGAGAGGAGUGGGAAUGUCUGAACUGUGAGCAGCAGACUCUGUAUAAGGAUGUGAUGUUAGAAAACUAUAGGAACCUGGUCUUCUUGGGUCUCGUUGUAUCUAAGCCAUACCUGGUUACCUGUCUGGAGCAAAGGAAAGAACCCUGGAAUAUAAAAAGGCAAAAGACAAUGGUCUUGUUCCCAGCUGUGUUUCCUCACCAUAGCCAAGACUUUUCACCAGAGCAGAGCAUAAAAUAUUCAUUCCAGGAUCUGAUCAGUGGAAGUCAUGGAAAUUGCGGUUUUGACAGUUUGUACUUCAGAGAAGAAAGGGAAAUUGUAGGGGAGAGUGAAGUUCAGAAAACCUAUUAUAAUGGACAUAACCACUUUGUGACAGCUGGUAAUAGCAAAAGCUUUCCUCCCAGUAGAGGUCAAGACCAUGAAAUGGCUCAAGAAAACCCUCAGGUUAUGCCAAUCAGUUGUGAGGAGCCGUGCACUUCUGUCAGUAAACAUCAGAGUCAGUUUUUGAAACUUGCCUCUUCUUUCAAAGAUAAUUUGAUAAAUACACAAAGGGGUCUAGUCCAUUCUUCAGUUAAUGACUUCAACAAUUUAAAAUGUAGUUUUGGUUUAAGCUUUCAUUCAAACGUUUUUGUAGAUGGAGAACUGAAAAAUGAAGAAAAAGUUUCCAAAUAUAAUCAAUUUGAAAGCUCCUUUAUGAAAAAUUCAUUAGUAUAUAAUCAACAAAUUCCAUGUGCCAAACCACAAAACUUACAUAAAUAUGGCAGGUUCUUUACACAUCCAGUAUCACCUAACCAAAAUUCAAACACAGAUAUUUUGGAAAUUCAGUAUAUAUGUAAAGAAAACAGGAAAGCCUUUGCUGAGGAAUCUACCAUAAAUACUCACCAAGGCACCUGUAUUAGAGAGAGAGUGUAUCAGUGUAAUGAAAAUAACAGUGACUUAAGCCAUGAGUCAGAUCCUGCUAAUCAUCAGUCUGCUCACUUUCCAAAGAACCUGUACAAAUGUUACAAAUGUGACACAGUCUUUAAUCAAUACUCAGAACUUAUUAUCCACCAGUAUAUCCAUAUUCAAGAUCAAAUUUCCAAGAAUAUGGAUUGCAACACAGCUUUCAAUCAGACUUCAAGCCGUACUAGAAAUCAUGCUGGAGAAAAACCCUACAAGUGUAAGGAAUGUGGCAAAGCCUUUACCUAUUGUUCAAGUCUUAGGCAACAUCAUAGGAUUCAUUCUGGGGUCAAGCACCACAAAUGUAAAGACUGUGGCAAAGCCUUCUAUCAUAAAUCCCUCCUUACUCAGCACCAGAGCAUUCAUGCUGGGAAGAAGCCCUACUGCUGUAAAUUUUGCGGCAAAGCUUUUAAUCAAAGAUCAACUGUUACUCAGCACCAGAGAAUUCAUACGGGAGAGAGGCCCUACCAUUGUAAAGACUGUGGCAAAUCUUUUCAUCAAAGAUCAAGCCUUAGCCUACACCAGAGAGUUCAUACUGGUGAAAAGCCCUACAAAUGCAAAGAAUGUGGCAAAGCCUUUAACCGUAACUCACUCCUUACUCAACACCAGAGAAUUCAUACUGGAGAGAGACCCUACCAUUGUAAAGACUGUGGUAAAGCUUUUAAUAAAAAAUCAAGCCUUACUCAGCACCAGAGAAUUCAUACUGGAGAGAAGCCAUAUUCUUGUAAAGAUUGUGGCAAAGCUUUUAAUCAAAGAUCAAGCCUCAGUUUACACCAGAGAGGUCACACUGGAGAGAAACCCAAUAAAUGUAAUGAAUGUGGCAAAGCCUUCAAUCGUGUUUUUUUCCUUACUCAACACCAGAAAAUUCAUACUGGAGAGAAGGCUUACCACUGUAAAGACUGUGGCAAAGCUUUUAAGCAGAGGUCAAGCCUUACUCAACACCAGAGAGUUCAUACUGGAGAUAAGCCUUAUCAUUGUAAGCAUUGUAGCAAGGCUUUUACUCAGAGAUCAAGCUUUACUCGACACCAGAGAAUUCAUACUGGAGAGAAGCCCUACAAGUGUCAAGAUUGUGACAAAGCUUUCAGCCGCAAUUUGCUUCUCAUUCAACACCAGAGAAUUCAUACAGGAGAGAAACCUUACCACUGUGAAGACUGUGGUAGAGCAUUUAAUCAGCGGUCAAGCCUCACUCAGCAUCAGAGAGUCCAUACUGGGGACAAGCCCUUUUGUUGUAAAGACUGUGGCAAGGCUUUUACUCAGAGAUCAAGCUUUAACCGGCACCAAAGAAUUCAUACAGGAGAGAAGUUGUACAAAUGUAAGGAAUGUGACGGCACCUUUAAAAGCAGUUCGCACCUUGCUGAACACCAGUGCACCUCAUUAGGUAGCUGCUUCCAAGACACAAAAUUCCUCCAGUAUAUGUGAGUUUAUGCUGUUCAAGCCAGCUGGCAAACACAGAUGGAUUGAUUUUAGAAAACAUGGGAUAUGUUCGAUUAUAUAAGAGAUAAUUAUUUCUGUUGCAGUACCUUCCUGGAUUUCAGAAUCACAUUCUGGUUUAAUUGAAUAAUAUUUUUCUUUCUUGUCAUUUUGUCAGUUGGUUCUUUGUUAAUAGUUGCAUUCUCAAAUGUAUUCCCCAAACAUUGUCCAGAUUGUAUACAUGAAGAAAACAUACACCUUGUACAGUGUAUAAAUAAAAGUGCACCCCAGGCUUCACACUAGAGUAGUCUAUGGCAGGUAUCAUUCAGAGCCCUGCUAUGACUUAGAGUCCCACUACUAAUUUGUAUAGCAUAGAGCUUGGUUGUCCCCUCCAAAAACAUGUAGAAUUUGUGUUUACUGUCUCUUCUUUAGCACAGAUAAGAUGAGAUUUUUAUGACAAUAACUUCAAUAAGCAGCUUUAACUCCACAUUUUUUUUUCCUUCAGUCAUGAAACGUAGAGCCCAGAUAGCAAAAAGGAAAUAAAAACUUCAAGUGUA